UAUCGCAUUUUCAGUUGUUUCAACUUCGUCGUCGUCUUCCUCCUUGCUUGCUACUCCGUCGCCGAGAUCUCGUCGAACCACAAAUCUCAAAUCUCCUGAAAUCCUCAAAUCUCGUCUAAUUAUCCGAUCUCGGCUUCGAAUUGACUGGAUCCAAUAUGCCGGUGGCUGCUUCCGCCAUCUACUUUCUGAAUCUCCGUGGCGAUGUACUCAUUAAUCGUACGUACCGAGAUGACGUCGGGGGGAAUAUGGUGGAUGCGUUUCGUACGCAUAUAAUGCAGACGAAGGAGUUAGGGAAUUGUCCUGUGCGUCAGAUUGGUGGCUGCUCCUUUGUUUAUAUGCGAAUCAGCAAUGUCUACAUUGUCAUUGUUGUCAGUAGCAAUGCUAAUGUUGCUUGUGGAUUCAAAUUCGUUGUUGAGGCUGUUGCUUUGUUCAAAUCCUACUUUGGUGGAGCGUUUGAUGAAGACGCUAUUAGAAAUAACUUUGUUCUGAUUUAUGAAUUGUUGGACGAGAUUAUGGACUUUGGCUACCCACAAAAUCUCUCCCCUGAAAUUUUGAAACUUUACAUCACUCAGGAAGGUGUACGGUCACCAUUUUCAUCAAAGCCAAAGGACAAGCCUGUUCCAAAUGCAACAUUACAAGUUACGGGUGCUGUUGGUUGGAGAAGAGAGGGCCUUGCUUAUAAAAAGAAUGAGGUGUUUCUGGAUAUUGUGGAAAGUGUAAACCUUCUGAUGUCCUCUAAAGGCAAUGUUCUUCGGUGUGAUGUGACGGGGAAAGUUUUAAUGAAAUGUUUCCUUUCGGGAAUGCCUGAUUUGAAGUUGGGGUUGAAUGAUAAAAUUGGUCUUGAGAAGGAAUCAGAAAUGAAAUCUCGCCCAGCUAAGAGUGGUAAAACCAUUGAGCUUGAUGAUGUCACAUUUCACCAGUGUGUGAACCUGACAAGAUUCAACUCCGAGAAGACGGUCAGUUUUGUACCACCGGAUGGAGAGUUUGAAUUGAUGAAGUAUCGAAUAACAGAGGGUGUAAAUCUGCCUUUCCGCGUGUUACCAACAAUCAAAGAACUUGGUCGUACACGUAUGGAAGUAAAUGUCAAGGUCAAAAGUGUGUUUGGUGCUAAAAUGUUUGCCCUUGGGGUCGUAGUUAAAAUUCCAGUACCAAAACAAACAGCCAAGACCAAUUUCCAAGUGACAACUGGUCGCGCUAAAUACAAUCCAUCAAUCGAUUGCUUGGUUUGGAAGAUAAGAAAAUUCCCAGGACAAACAGAGUCCACACUAAGUGCAGAAAUUGAGUUGAUCUCAACAAUGGGAGAGAAGAAAUCUUGGACAAGACCUCCAAUCCAAAUGGAAUUUCAGGUCCCAAUGUUUACAGCAUCUGGUUUGCGAGUUCGCUUUCUCAAGGUACAACGCUUUGAUUUCUAUACUCUUGAUAGUACCAUCCUUUCAAAAAUACAAUGCAGAGUCUUUAAGUCAUUGUGCAAUUAAAUCCGUUCAAUUCUUUUAUGUG